UGCUCAACUGUGGGGAGGGAUUCACUCCGUCAUCUGACCAACUGGCACGCCCGUCAUUUUACACAGGAGAGAGGCCGUUCACCUGCUCAGAAGGUACAUCAGCACAUUCACACUGGGCAAGGCCAUUCACCUGUACUGUGUGUGAGAAAGGAUUCAGUCAGUCUUCCCACCUGUGGACACACCAGUCAGAUCACUCUGGGCAAAGGCUGGUGAUCUGCUGAAUAUCUGGGAAAGGAUUCACUCAGUCAUCUGACCUAAUGGCACACCAGUGUGUUCACACUGGGCUGAGGCCGUUCACCUGCUCACAAUGUGGGAAGGGAUUCACUCAGUCAUCCCACCUGCACAGUCACAAGCGAGUUCACACUGGGGAGAAGCCAUUCACCUGCUCAGAAUGUGGGAAGGGAUUCACUCAGUCAUCCACACUACAGAGUCAUCAGCGAGUUCACACUGGAGAGAGGCCUUUCACCUGCUCAGAGUGUGGGAAGGGAUUCACUCGGUCAUCCCAACUACUGGCACACCAGCAAGUUCACACUGGGGAGUGGCCUUUCACCUGCUCAGAAUGUGGGAAAGGAUUCACUAAAUCAUCCAGCUUACUGGUACAUCAGCGAGUUCACACAGGGGAGAAGCCGUUCAGCUGCUCAGUGUGUGGGAAGAGAUUCACUCAGUCAUCCCACCUACUGAGUCACCAGCGAGUUCACACUGGGGAGAGGCCGUUCACCUGCUCAGACUGUGGUAAGAGAUUCACUCAGUCUUCCACCCUACAGAGUCAUCAACGAGUUCACACUGGGGAGAGGCCGUUCACUUGCUCAGAAUGUGGGAAGAGAGUCACUGAUUCAUCUGCCCUACAGAGACAUCAGCGAGAUCAUACUGGGGAGAAGCCGUUCACCUGCGCAGAAUGUGGGAAGAGAUUCACUGAUUCAUCCACCCUACAGAAGCAUCAACGAGCUCAUACUGGGGAGAAGCCGUUCACCUGCUCAGAAUGUGGGAAGAGAUUCACUCAAUUAUCCAAUCUACAGAGACAUCAUCGAGUUCACACUGGGGAGAAGCCGUUCACCUGCUCAGUCUGUGGGAAGAGAUUCACUGAUCCAUCCACCCUACUGAGUCAUCAGCGAGUUCACACUGGGGAGAAGCCAUUCACCUGCUCAGAAUGUGGGAAGAGAUUCACUCGGUCAUCCUACCUACAGAGUCAUCAACAAGUUCACACUGGAGAGAAGCCGUUCACCUGCACAGAAUGUGGGAAGAAAUUCACUUGGUCAUCCACACUACAGAGUCACCAGCGAUUUCACACCGGGGAGAAGUCGUUCAUCUGCUCAGACUGUGGGAAGGGAUUCACUGACUCUUCCACCCUACAGAGACAUCAGCGAGUUCACACUGGGGAGAAGCCAUUCACCUGCUCAGAAUGUGGGAAGGGAUUCACUCAGUCAUCCCACCUACUGGAACACAAGUUAGUUCACACUGGGGAGAAGCCGUUCACCUGCGCAGAAUGUGGGAAGAGAUUCGCUCACUCAUCCAACCUACAUAGUCAUCAGCGAGUUCACACUGGGGAGAAGCCAUUCACCUGCUCAGUAUGUGGGAAGAGAUUCACACACUCUUCCACCCUUCAGAGACAUCAGCGAGUUCACACUGGGGAGAAGCCAUUCACUUGCUCAGAAUGUGGGAAGGCAUUCACUCAGUCAUCCCACCUACUGGCGCACCAGUCAGUUCACACUGGGGAGAGGCUGUUCACCUGCUCAGACUGUGGGAAGGGAUUCACUCAGUCAUCCAACCUACAGAGACAUCACCAAGUUCACACUGGGGAGAAGCCGUUCACCUGCUCAGACUGUGGGAAGGGAUUCACUUGCUCAUCUAAACUGAAGGUACAUCAGCGUGUUCACACUGGUGAGAGGCCGUUCACCUGCUCCGACUGUGGGAAGGGAUUCACUUGCUCAUCCACACUAAAGGCACACCAGCGAGUACACACAGGGGUGUGGCCAUUCACCUGCUCUGAAUGUGGGAAGGGAUUCAGUCAGUCAUCUGAUCUACAAAAACACCAGCGAGUUCAUACUGGGGAGAGGCCGUUCAUCUGCUCGGACUGUGGGAAGGGAUUCAGUCAUUCAUCCACCCUACACAGUCACCAACGAGUUCACACUGGGGAGAGGCCAUUCACCUGCUCAGAAUGUGGGAAAGGAUUCAGUCAUUCAUCCACCUUACAGAGACACCAGCGAGUUCACACUGGGGAGAAGCCAUUCACCUGCUCAGAAUGUGGGAGGGGAUUCACUCAGUCAUCUGAUCUACAAAACCACAAGCGAGUUCACACUGGGGAGCGGCCAUUCACCUGCUCAGUCUGUGGGAAGGGAUUCACACAGUCGUCCAAACUAUUGGCACACCAGUCAGUUCACACUGGGGAGCGGCCGUUCACCUGCUCAGACUGUGGGAAAGGAUUCACGCUGUCAUCUAAUCUACUGAGACACCAGCGAGUUCACACUGGGUAGAGGCCGAUCACCUGCUCAGUCUUUGGCAAGAGAUUCUCUCGGCCAUCUCCACCAAAUGUGCAUGAUUGUCAAGUCAAACUUGAGUUUCAGGAAGGUAUCAAGGAAGAGCAAGAAUUCACUCGCAGAGAGGACGGAACCUUCUG